AUGGCGCCUCCGGAAGUAGACCCUCUCGAAGAGGAGUAUGUUUCAGAAGAAGACUCCGACUUUGCCCCCGAAGACGAUAACGCGCCAGCAGCAGAGGAAUCUUCAGCUUCUGCCGAUGAAGAUGAAGACGCGAUUACGAAACCGACCGCGAAACGAAAACGCCCUGCCGGUGGCGAUGCAGCAGAAGAUGCCGGUUUCGAAAACUCGGGCGAUGAAGCUAUAAUAUCCAAGGGUCUCAAAAAGAAAAAGAGGAGACAAACAAAAGAAGAUGCCGAGGACGAAGGAGGCGAGGGCGGGCUCAUCAAGACCAGAGCCCAGCGUGCGGUAGAAAAAGCAGUAAAAAGAGCGGCCGUCUCCACCGGCCCGGUAACCAUCGACGUCGAUUCCCUCUGGGCGCAAAUGACCAGCGAGGCCGCCGCACCCCAACCACCAUCACCACCACCAUCACAAGAAAAAAAGCAACAGGAAAAAGAAGCAGGAAAACUACCUAAGGAAACGGCCGCGGAAAAAGACCUCAUCAAAAUCAAACGCACGUAUAAUUUUGCCGGUAAGGUCCACACAGAAGAGAAACUCGUCCAUCGGGAAUCAGCAGAGGCAAAACUCUACCUCGCCGAACAGGCCGGGAGGACGGACACGACCGAAUCAGAAGAACCGACCCGAAAACUCAAAAAGGCUUUCCGGUCCGUGUUUGAGCCGGUGAUGCCGAUUGAUCCGGCGACGGGUCAGAGGAGAAGCGAUCUUAACUUGGGGGUGGCAUCUAGGCUCAAGGCGAGAGAGGCUGCUGCGGCCAAGGCCAAGAAGUUGAAUACUGUCGAGAAGAGCAGGAUGGACUGGGCUGGGUUUGUAGAUAAGGAGGGGAUCAAGGAUGAGCUGGAGCUGGCGGGGAAGAGCAAGGACUCUUAUGCGGCCAGACAGGACUUUUUGGCGAGGAGCGAGGCGUUGAGGGAGGAGGAGGCAAGGAGGGCGAGGAUGGCUGGGAAGGUUUAA